AUGCCAUCCAGCUGUUGCAUUACCAACACCUCUUCAGCAUCACUCAAGAGCUCUGCACGGCCUUCCUCCGUCUGUUCCAGUAACAUGGGCAGCAGAUCCGAGCUGUGCCUGGGUUAUGUCUGUCAGCCCCUGCAGUGCAUGCCCUCCAUCUGCAUGCCUACCACCUACAGGCCAGCCAGUUGCCUUUCUAAGACCUACUUGUCCAGCUCCUGCCAACCCAGCAACCGCCGGCCAACUGGUUGCAUCUCCAGCUCCAUGGGUACCUAUGGCCUGUUCUGUGAGGGCGCCUUCAAUGGCAAUGAGAAGGAGACCAUGCAGGUCCUGAAUGAUCGCCUGGCCAACUACCUGGAGAAGGUGAGGCAGCUGGAGAAAGAGAACGCAGAGCUGGAGGGCAAGAUCCAAGAUGUCUACCAGGCGCAGGUGCUGACCAUGUGUCCUGACUACCAGUCCUACUUUCAGACCAUCGAAGAGCUGCAGCAAAAGGUUCUGUGCACUAAGGCAGAGAAUGCAAGGAUGAUUGUGCACAUCGACAAUGCCAAGCUGGCUGCAGAUGACUUCAGAACCAAGUAUGAGACCGAGCUGGCCCUGAGACAGCUGGUAGAAGCAGACACCAAUGGCCUACGCAGGAUCCUGGAUGAGUUGACCCUGAAUAAAGCUGACCUGGAGGCUCAAGUAGAGUCCCUGAAGGAGGAACUUCUGUGCCUCAAGAGAAACCAUGAAGAGGAAGUUGGUGUCCUUCGACAACAGCUCGGGGACCGCCUUAAUAUCGAGGUAGAUGCUGCACCUCCUGUGGACCUAACCAGGAUGCUGGAAGAGAUGAGAUGUCAGUAUGAGACCAUGGUGCAAACCAACCACAGGGAUGUGGAGGAAUGGUUCAAUAUGCAGAUGGAGGAGCUUAACAAGCAGGUGGCCACAAGCUCUGAGCAGCUUCAGAGUUACCAGUCAGACAUCAUUGAUCUGAGACGAACAGUCAACACUCUGGAGAUAGAACUGCAGGCUCAGCAUAGCCUGAGAGACUCUCUGGAAAACACGCUGGGGGAGACGGAGGGCCGCUUCACCUCCCAGCUGUCCCAGAUGCAAUGCAUGAUCACCAAUGUGGAGUCUCAGCUGGCUGACAUCCGCUGUGACCUGGAGAGACAGAACCAAGAGUACAAGGUGUUGCUGGAUGUCAAGGCCCGGCUGGAGUGUGAGAUUGACACGUACAGGGGUCUGCUGGAGAGCGAGGACAGCAAGCUCCCCAGCCCUUGUAGCAAUUUCUUGUCCAACAUUUCAUCUUGUUUUUUCUGUUACUCAGAAUCCUAUCCCACCAAGGCAAGUGUUGUAAACUCACAUGCUUGCCAGGGACAGGCUGUUACCAUCCACAUGUGAUGUCAAGUUUUUGAGGCCCGUGGAAGCCAGCGAACUUGUGCUAUGCCCAAAGAGGGCAGCAGCAUUGUCCCUUUAUGGUCAGUUCUACCACAUAGGAUGCAGAUCCCAUGUGCUGCUGGUCUUCCAGUCCAAGAAAAGCUGGGAUUUGUAUUUUUCCGAGCUUUAAAAGUUUCCAAUUUUAAAAUAUAUUUAACACAUUGAGAAAAAAAAAGAUGCUGGCCACAUUAAAUAGCUAAGACUGAAUGUGGCCCUCGGGCUACACAUUGGGCCUCUGAGCUGUUUGGUUGCUGUCCGGUGUCCAGUGUGUUGUUUCUGGUUUGGUGCCCUAGCCUGUUCGCCUCUGAGGUCAUCUUGUUUCCUUUUGCCGUGUAGU